UACGUCCCGUGCAUGUUUUUCAUUAAGCAUAACGUUUAUUUUUAAACGAAUCCGGUUAAGAGUCAAUAUUAUUACGAGAGCUCUGAGUAAUACUUUUUAGAUUUCGCGCUAGUUCAGAGCUCCAGCAUUCUUUACCGACAGGCGCUUUCAGCUAAAUCGAUAACGCGCUUUCAGACGUCGCGACACAGGCUACGUUUUAGAUUAGAUUUUCAAUUCCAAGUUUUUGUCUGAUCCCGCAACGAUUACUGAUUGACACAUGAUAAAGCAGAUAAGUACCGCGAUAAUGAUGCUGAGUGAAUAGUUUCCGAGAACCGUCAGGUGCGACAGUUUGCGGAUUCCAACAAAUUUAUCAGUGGAAAUGUUUGAAAAGCUAUUCUUAAAAAUAGUAGUUCGUAGGCUACAAGUAAGUGACUUAUAAGGUCAAGCACAAACUAAUUCAGUGUUCUAGUGACUUUAUGGCACCUCCACUUGAUAAUCAGCAAUUUACACAAUUAAGUUGUUAGCAGUCAUGGAUCUUCUAAAGAGCUUAAUAGUACUCUCUGAGAAAGCUGCAAAUAUUGCUAGAGUUUGUAGAGCAGAUCAACAUCUUUUCGGACUGUUGGUGCAGCAGAAAAAAGAAGAUGAGGCCAACCCAAGAUUUGUGGAAGAUUUCAAGACACUAGCUGACGUCCUUAUACAGGAGAUGGUUAGGCAUUUCAUAAGAAAACAGUUUCAGGAUCUGUCCGAUAAUGUAAAAGGAGAAGAAAACAACACAUUUACGAACAAAUUAGGAGAACAGAUAUGCGUUGAAGUCCAAGAUACCGAAACCAAAACUGCUUGUUUGUUGAAAAACGUACUAAACGGAGACCACCUAGCUGCAAAUCUGUUAGCUGCAGAAGUGCACAGAGAAAUUGCUAUAAAUGAUGUAAAUACAAAGAUUCCUGAUACGGAAUUUAACGUGAAUUUGAAUGAUCUGGCCAUGUGGAUUGAUCCUAUUGAUUGUACAGCAGAAUACAUCAAUGGAGGUCAAGGUGACCUAGACAGCGGUAUCUACAAAAAUGGUCUGCAAUGUGUGACAAUUCUUAUAGGGGUGUAUUCAAAAUCACAGCAUACCCCUAUUAUGGGUGUUAUUAACAGACCAUUUGUGGAUAGAUGUAGUGAUAACUCACAUCAGCAAUGCAUAUGGGGUGUAUCGCUACCCGGUCUGAACUUCUCUAGCAUCGAGAUUCACAAUGAAAGGAACAACAUUGUUUGUCUUAGCAGCAGUGAAUCAGAAACUAUAAAACAGAAACUGAUUGAAGGAGGAUUUCAACUUGUUGAAGCAGCCGGGGCUGGAUAUAAAAUUAUGACUGUGAUAUUAGGAUUAUCGGACGUGUACCUGUUGACGAAAGGAACAACCUACAAAUGGGACACCUGUGCUCCACAUGCGAUUCUAAAAUCCAUCGGAGGCGACGUUUUGGACUUUCUGGACAGCAUCAUCAGUGAAGAGUGCAGUAUAGAUUACACUACGAUAGGACCAGAUUGCAACAGCAACGGGAUCAUUGCAUACAGACAUCGGGAGGUCUUGAAAGAUAUAUUGGAAAUAAUGAAAAUGUAAAAUGACCACCAAUUUGAGAUUUUUAUUUGUGUAUCAAACGAGAUCGUGAUAUUUUCUGGUCAGGUGAAUUUUCUUUGAUAGGCGAUUUUAUCAUUUUAUCUUUAUUAACAGAUUUUACCUGAAGACAGCCAACCAUAUAAUGUAUUCUGGCGUCCAAAGAGGGAUCAGAAAGGUCCUAGGAUCAUCUACAUAAUGAGACAGUAGCAGAAACAUACUUUGAAAAGAGUUAAAGUGUAGAUUCCGCUACUGCCUCAUAGAUGUAUCUAGGAUCUUCAAUUAUUUUUGCCUGUUUAAUUUAAGAGGUUUAUGUAAUUUUAUGUGCCAACUUUGAGUCUCUAAGUGAAAUGAUGUUAAAAUAAUACGCGAUGGGACAUCAAAACGGAAUAUUAUACGUUGAAAAAUAAUUACUUACCUCACCUUAGUCUACUUCUGUCAUAUCUUAGAAUAAAUUGAAAGAUCAGUAAGAUUUUUUGGUUAUACGAAUUAUAUUGUUUUCAUAGACACUGCAGUGUAAAAUCUAGUCCUUCAUUUGAGAUAGAGCUAUACCUAUUUUAAAUAGAAUAGUUAAAAUUAUAUGAAAAAGCAAAUGAUAUAUUAUGUUAUAAAUGUCCUAUAAUGUUAUUGAGUGAGUUUAAUAGUCUAUCUUUGAAAUUAGUUUCAAUGGAAACAGUAUUGAAUACAGUAUUGUACACCUUUUAUGCGUAUCAUAAUAUUUUUAAUUAUUAGUUAUUACCGAUGACACACUCUUUCUUUAAAUAUAAGCAAU